AUGGUCGGCGCCGACGUUGCCGAGCGGGGAUCCAGUGCUUCAACUUGAGGAGAUCUGUUAUAGUGUCUUUUAUCCUUGCCUUGAGCAGCCCGCCUCACAAAAACACCUCCCAUGGGUUGUAAGGCCUUUGUGGGAUUUCUUACACGGUUUGGCGAAGUUAACUGGCUCCUCGAUCCUGUAUUCCGUGCCGACGGACCGGGGAUGGCAAUUAAGGGGACAUCGAAAUGGCCUUUAGUCAUAUUCAGUCACGGACUCUUUGGUUCUCGGAUUGCCUACUCUCAAUUUUGCGGCAGGGUUGCCUCCGAAGGGUACGUCGUGCUCGCAAUUGAGCAUAGGGAUGGCACGGGGUCAUCAGUCAAGAUUCGGUCAGCGAAUCAGAAGAUCCGUACAUUAACUUAUACUCGAUACGACGAAGUGGGUUGGGGCAAGCACACCAAACCUGCGGGAUUAUAUCCAUUCCGAGCGGAACAGCUAGUGUUCCGUACAAAUGAAGUUUAUGAAAUAUACCACUCCUUCAAAGCCCUCGUCGACGGCGAUGCGGGAAACAUUAGAAACGAAAUUAGCGAGUCCGGCCAUGAUUUGUCACAAUGGAAAGGCAAAAUCGACGUCGACGACUUGCACCUUACGGGCCAUUCCUUUGGUGGUGCCACCGUGUUCGCCUUCCUUCGACAUCCACCCCCCGAGCCUUUCGAGCCCCUUCCUUUGAAAAGCGUUUUAGCAUUAGAUCCAUGGGUCGGCCCAGUCCCAUCCCCGGGUCCGAUUCCCGCCACAGUGUUUGAGAAACCCUCGCUAGCUGUCAUCAAUUCGGAGGGUUUCACGCUAUGGGAAGAGCAUUUCCAACUUCUGAAAGAUAUUGUGUCCCACUGGAAGACAGAAGCGGGGGCAUCGGCUACGCUCGUGACAAUAGGUACAUUAUGCGUUGUCGGUGCGCUUUGGAUGGAAGGGAUUUUGGCUGUGCUGAUAUCUUUGUUUCUAGUGAAAUCAACUCACAAAGAUUUCAGCGAUUUCCCCGUUGCAUUUCCGUUCACAGCGAAACGAGCUUUGAAAAUGGCCAAUAUCAUCCAUACACUGGCUACUUCAUUCUUCAGAAAUUCUCUGGAAGCGGAGCUUGGUAAGGAACCUAGGAAGGGCGAAGAAGUUUGGCAAGACAAAAUAGGGAAGAAACAUUUGGUCGGGAAAUUUGGAGAGGUGUUGGUUCACUCUUAGAGCUGUCGGGUCAGAAAUGAAGCCAUGAGUCAAGCAAGGUGCUCAGGAACAGGGACUGACUUUGCGUUGGCCGCGCGAGUCUAAGCAGCUCACGUAAGUUGCAAGCCCUGUCACGCAGCAAUUCACGGAGGCGAUUUAGGGCUGUGUCGAUGUGCGGUGUAACCACAUCGCAAGUUUUGCCUUAGCUUCUCGUUCUCUUGCGUCUCCCUCCACCUCCCCAUUCGCCUUGCUUACGCCUUCGAGUCUUUUACUGCACUCUUCCUUUUACCCUAAGUUAUGAGUCUCAUUUGUUCAUCACUUGCGUUGUUGUUCCGCUCCUAUGUAUCGUGAUUUAUGUAAUGGAGGAACGAGAUCGAAUAAUACUUGUAUUCGGUAGACAUGGCUCACAACACAUGCCUUUUUCUCCUUGUUUUCUACCUCUUAAUCCGCUGCUCG